AUGUGGACAUCGCUGCCAGUGCUCUCGUUCCUAUCUGUUUUAUUCUUCUAUGGAUACGAGCGCGCUUCGGGUUUCGUCUGCCCAAUGAUCUGCCGCUGUUUCUCCGACACAAUCAGAUGCAACAAUGUGACAGAGGGAUCUACUCUGACGAUGGGUCACAUCGAUAGACUGUCUCUAUAUCACUUGUCUUUGCGCACCAUUUCAAGCCACUCCUUUGAGGGUUUGAAAGGAGUCCAGAGGAUUGAGAUUGCUCAGAGUGUGACCCUAGAAACCAUUGAGACAUUAGCGUUUAAUGACCUUCUCAACCUCUCUGAAAUCUCAAUCCAGAAUACAAGGAGUCUGAGGCACAUCAGCCGGAGGACAUUUAACAACCUCCCCAGACUACAUUACCUGAGCAUCUCAAAUACUGGGAUAACAGUUUUUCCUGACAUUACAUCUAUCAAUUCUCUUGAUUCAGAGUUUAUCCUGGAUAUCUGUGACAAUCUGUAUCUACUGGAAAUACCCCCAAAUGCUUUCAUUGGAAUGACAAAUGAAUACAUUACAAUGAACCUGUACAACAACGGCAUCAGAGAAAUACACGACUAUGCCUUCAAUGGGACAAAGAUAGAUAAGCUGGUGUUAAAGAAUAACCGAAACCUGAGAGUGAUCCACAGAGACGCUUUCAAAGGAGCCACAGGCCCUGGGGUCUUGGACGUAUCUGCAACAGCUCUUACAAAGUUGCCACCACAGGGACUGGAGUCAGUUCUUGUGUUGUUAGCCCAGUCAGCAUACGCCUUGAAGAGUUUGUCUCCUCUGCAGGGACUGUGGAGCCUGCGAGAGGCCCACCUCACCUAUAACAGUCACUGCUGUGCACUCCUGAGCUGGAACACUCACAGGGACCUUCCGAUUAAUCCUGCAUGGACUAAUGGUUCUAUACAUUGUGAUGAGAGUGAUCCAUCAGCAAGGGUUCAGCAUAUGAUUGGAGGUUCAGCAGAUUCAACUCUAUCUAUGGACAUGCCAUAUUUCUCAGAUGUUGACCUGUUUGUCAAGGAUGAAGUUUUUGGAGAUGUAAAUUUCCACUAUCCAGAGCUGGACCUCUGUCAGACCCGACCAAGUUUGGUUUGCACACCUGAAGCAGAUGCUUUCAAUCCCUGUGAGGACAUCGCAGGUUUCAGUUUUCUCAGAGUGGCCAUUUGGUUUAUCAACAUUCUAGCUAUCGCAGGUAACCUCACUGUGCUGCUGGUCUUCUUUACCAGCCGGAACAAGCUGAUGGUGCCUCGCUUCCUCAUGUGCCAUCUAGCUUUUGCUGACCUCUGCAUUGGGAUCUACCUUCUGAUGAUAGCGACUGUAGACCUGCGCACACGUGGUUACUACAGUCAACAUGCUAUUGAAUGGCAGACAGGGCCGGGCUGUAGUGCCGCAGGCUUCCUGUCUGUGUUUGGUGGGGAGCUGUCAGUCUACACACUGUCCACCAUCACCGUGGAGCGCUGGCACACCAUCACCAACGCUUUGCAGGUGGAACGCCGUCUGGCACUUACACAGGCAGCGAGCAUAAUGGUGGUUGGUUGGCUCAUCUGUCUGGGGAUGGGGAUCCUGCCCCUGGUUGGUGUGAGCAGUUACAGCAAAGUCAGCAUGUGCUUACCCAUGGACAUAGACACUCCUCUGGCUCAGGCCUUUAUCAUAAUUAUCCUGCUCUUCAAUGUGGGUGCCUUCAUUAUUGUGUGUGUUUGUUAUGUGCUGAUCUAUUUGGCUGUAAAGAACCCUGAAUUCCCCAGAAGAAGUGUUGACACCAAGAUUGCAAAACGCAUGGCCGUGCUCAUCUUCACAGAUUUUCUCUGCAUGGCACCUAUCUCCUUCUUUGCCAUUUCUGCUGCCUUCAAAGUUCCCCUCAUUACAGUUACCAACUCCAAGAUCCUGCUGGUCCUCUUCUUCCCCAUCAAUUCUUGUGCCAAUCCGUUCCUUUAUGCUAUCUUCACCAAGGCUUUCAGGAAGGAUGCAUAUCAGCUCUUGAGUGCCAUGGGCUGCUGCAGAAGCAAGGCCAAUGUUUAUCGAAUGAACGCCUACUGCCCAGAAAAUGCAGUCAAUAAUAAAUGCAAUAAUAAAGGAUCCCACAAUGGAGUGAGGUUGACUGCCAUGCCACCGCAGAGCCAUCACCUGAAAGAGGGGGGAGAGAUGAAUCUCACCUGAAACCAACAAGGAAAUGUAUAAGAGAUAUACAGUAUACUAGUCCAACUGUUUUAGACUGAUAUAGACUGAUACUGGACAAUGUGACAAGAGAGACUUGAAUAAAAACUAUUCAUGCUGGAUUUGGAGGCCAUCUGUCAAUUUGGCACUGUUGGAAAUGGUCAUGUUUUUGAAUGAGAAAAGGGAUCAUUAGCUUAUUUAGGAACUUUCUGAUAAGUCUGCUAAGUGGGUGCCUUUUCCUAUAAGUCUGACAACAGUUCAACUCACCCAGAAAAAACACAGGUCCAACUGACAACCUUUAUGAUGCCUCUGUUUAAUUAAGUCCCAGGGAGCACUGGAAUAGUUUUCCUGGUUGUUACAUGUCAAAACUUGUCCUGUGACCAAAACACCUAAGGCAUGGUGGACAUCAAUGGACAUCUACAGAAAAAAGCUACAGAAACAGACUUAAAUUGAACAUAAUGAACCUUUAAAAAAAUCUACAAUUCCAUCAUAACUUUUGCUGAAAGUUCGUGUUACAUGACGGAAAUAUAUGGCUCUUGUGGUGAUUGUUUAAUCAAAUAAAAAUCCUCUCUGAGUGAUCACCCCCAUCUCCAAGAGGCUGUUCCAGUGGAGACGUUAAUCUCAAUGCAGUUACCAAUUCAUGUUAAAUAAAAUGUUUGUUUUAUUCUUUAGCCAUAAUUUAUGUGGGCGGUUCAGUAGCCAAAACUGACCACGUGGUGGAGGAGUUUGACAGACAGCUAAGGGCUUUGUUUUUCUCCUUCAGGAUUUUAGAGAUCUUGUACUUAAAAUAAAACAGAUUAUUUACCGUACUGGUCAAUGUGUUGGUAUGUUACAUAAAUGUGCAUAAGGAUUAUUUAAAGAUAACAUUUGUAAAGUAUGUAUUUUUUCUGUCUUCGAGAUAGAAUAAGAGAAAAGAAGAUGUAAUAGGAAAAAUUACAAAAUAAAAACACAUAAACUCUCUUAAAAGAGUUCUGCUGAGCCUCUGUCAGUCCCGCCUAUCUGUUGUUUUCCUCCCGUAUUUUGGUUGUUUUCG